AUGACGCCCCCGCCGCGCCCCCUGCGCAGCGCCGCCCUGCUGCUCUCCAUCACCCUCCUGGUGCAGAGCCGCCCCCAGCCCACCCCGCAGCCCCCCAGGAGCGCCCCGCAGCCCCCUCCUCCCCACUCCGUCUCCAGGCGCUCCCCGGCGGCGCUGAGCCCCCAGCCCGACGUGCUGCGGGAGCUGGAGGAGCUGGGCCGGCUGCGGGCCGAGGCCAAGCGCGACCGGCAGCGCGACCGGCAGCGGGAGCGGGAGCUGGGCUGGGCGAGCUCGCGGCAGCUGCGGCAGCAGCAGAGCCUGGAGCACCGGCUGCUCGAGCGGCGCUACCAGGAGCUGGCCGAGAGCCGGCGGCAGGCGCAGGCGGCGCGCAAGGCGGCGGCCGAGGAGGAGCGCCUGGCCGACCUGGCCUCGGACCUGCUGCUGCGCUACCUGCUGCGCGGGCCCGGCGCCGCCGUGGCCGAGGACAAGCGCUCCGAGGAGGAGGAGGAGGAGGAGGAGGAGGAGGAAGGGUUUGGGGACGGCAAGGAGGGGUUCGGCGGUGAUGGCGUCGGUGGUUAUAAGGGGAAGGAUGGGUUUGGUGGUGAUGACCUCAACGAUGACCUCAGCGAUGACGUCAGCGAUGACCUUGGUGGCUACAAGGGCAAGGACAGGUUCAGCCUUGGCAACGACCUCAACGAUGACGUCAGCGAUGACGUCAGCAAUGACCUUGGUGGCUACAAGGCCAAGAACAGGUUCGGCCUCGGCAAUGACCUCAACGAUGACCUUGACGGCCACCAAACCUACAAGGGCAAGGACAGCUUUGGCCUCAGAAAUGACCUCAACGAUGACCUUGACGGCCACCAAACCUACAAGGACAAGGACAGGUUCGGCCUUGGCAAUGACCUCAACGAUGACCUUGGUGGCUACAAAGGCAAGGACAGGUUUGGCCUCAGAAAUGACCUCAACGAUGACCUCAGCAACGACCUUGAUGGCUACAAGGCCAAGGACAGGUUUGGUUUUGGCAACGACCUCAACGACGACCUCAACGACGACCUCGGUGGCCACCAGGGCUACAAGGCCAAGGACAGGUUUGGUUUUGGCAACGACCUCAACGACGACCUCGGUGGCCACCAGGGCUACAAGGCCAAGGACAGGUUCGACCUCAACGGCGACCUCGGUGGCCACAAGGCCAAGGACAGGUUCGGCCUCGGCGGCGACCUCGACGGCUACAAGGGCGCCUACGACGCCAACGACGCCAACGAGGUCUUCAAGGUCAACCGGCGCUUCAAGCUCAGAGGCGGCGCCGGCGACGACCUGAAGGCCGACGAUGACCUCGGGGACAACGGCGCCUUCAAGAUCGGGGGCGGCUUCGCCGGCACCGCCAACGACCUGGACGGCAACGGCGGCUUGGAGGACAACGAGAUCCUCCCGGCGCGCGGCCACCGCAACCGGAUCGCCGCCGCGGCGGCGUCGCCGGAGGCGGGCGAUUCCGAGGAGGAGUCGCCGCAGGAUCCGGCCGAGGUGGACGAGCUGGACCCCGGCACCAUCGACCAGCUGAUCGAGCUGUCCAGCAGGCUGCACCUGCCGGCCGACGACGUGGUGGACAUCAUCCACGACGUGGAGCAGAAGCGCAAGGAGGAGGCCGGCAUCGGGCUGGCCAUGGCCGGCCUGGGCGCGGCGGCGCCCCCCGAGGAGAGCCCCCCCAAGCUGGGCCGGCCCCCCAAACCCAGGAUCCCGGCCAGGACUUUCCUGCCGGCCCCGCCCCGGCGCCCCCCGCCCCCGCUGAGGGACCGCCAGGUGGAGAAAUACCUGGAGAGGGUUUUGGGGAGCCCCCCCCGGGGGUACCCCUGAGGGGGGACCCCCGAAAAAGCCA